AUGGAAAACAAAGUAGGAGAUCAUAAUUUUUACUUAAUUAAAGAUUUAAAGCCAUUUUUAAAUAAUAUUUCUUUAAAAUGUUUAAUUUUAAGAUAUAUAGAUGACCCACCUGAUCAUAUAAAUAAUGUAAUAAAAUAUCAUUACCAUGUAGCAGACAACAGUGGAUCAGUCAUUUUAUGUAUUACUCAAAAUUUUAUACAAGAAGAAUUAGUAAAAAAUAAUAUCGACCUAUUAAAUGACAAUAUCGAAGAUUCAGUAGAAUUAUAUGGUACCAAAGAAUUUGAUACAUUUGAAAAUCCGAAUGUAGUAACUGACCAAAUGCAAUAUAAUCAACAUACAAAUAAAAAACCAAACAAUUUAAAAACAAUGAAAUAUUUCUUUCGGGUUGGUGAUAUCCUUAAAAUUACCGGAGCUGUAACCACCUGGUCGAUGGGGAAAAUGGUGAUAAUGCCAAAUACAAGAUCAAAGAAAAACAACCCACAAGAAAUUCGAGGGUCAAUUGAAAGACUUGGAUUUUUUGUUAUGAAUAUAAAUGAAGAACCAAAUGUAAGUAAUUUGAUAACUUCAACGACGGAGAAAAAAUAUCAAGACAAUCGUCAAUCAAAUAAUAUAAAUUGUAAUAAUGUUACAAAUAAAAAUUUGGGAGAUAAAAUUGUACAUAACCCUCAUAUUUUAAAACAAAAUAAGGAUAGUAAAUAUGACAUACUUCCUUUAUUUGAUAAUGGCAAUAUGCUAUAA